AUUUUCAACUUUAUUGAGAUCCUAUAUCAUAUUUUAAACUUAUUUUGAUGGAGUACUAGUUAUAUGCACACCCAGCGGAGGAACACGUCCACAUCGCGCUUUGAAACGUCAUUAAAACGCGCCUUGUGUUUACAGACAAUCGUAAGCAAUUUCAUUAACAAAUCUCAGCUCUUUUGACCCUAAGUAUGGGAUUCUUGUGUUUUUAUAACAAAACGACAGUUUAUGGGGGACGAGUAAAGAAUAAAUAAGAAAGAAAUUGCAUUUUCGGACUGAUGUAUGUGGUGCGAAGAUGUUUACCAAAAAGCUGCCAGAAGUCAACAUUUUGUGUAAAACUGCUAAAUGCAAAGUUAAAGUUGUGUUUUAACUUGGCACCUGCACAAAGUGUCUUAAUGUGAGAAUAAAAUGGAUGAAGCAGAAGAUUUGGAGACACUAGGAGAAAAGUUGUACUCUCUGAUUUACCCCAAACACCAGGAGAAAGCUGGGAAACUCACAGGUAUGCUGCUGGAACUUCCAGGUCCUGUCCUGAGUCAGAUGCUGAAGGAUAAAGCCAAGCUGAGUGCAGCCGUGGAGAAAGCCCUCCGAGCCCUGCAGCUGGCACAGGACCCCAGCAGGGUGACCUAUAAGGAGGAGGAUGACUUGUCUGCGUCCUCGGACUCUGUGGGGGAGCAGCUGUUUGAGCUGGUGGACGUUUACAACACCGGACACUCCCAGAAAAUCACAGGUAUGCUACUGGAGCAGCACAGAGACGCAGUUUUACAUCUUCUUUCAGAUCCAAAUCGGCUGGAAGAGCAGGUGAACUUCGCUCUGAAGACCCUGAAAGAGCAGAACAUAGAGGAGACAGAUGUCAGUGACUGGUCGGACGCUGAGGACACAGAGAGGCUGGGGGAGAAGGUGUUCUCCCUGGUGGAGGAGCUGGAUCCUCUGCAUGCCAACGAUAUCACAGGUAUGCUGCUGGAGAUGGAGCCCGCGGCUCUCCUUCAGCUGCUCAGUGACCACACCAUGCUGCAGGCAGCUGUUCAGAAAGCACAAGCAGCCCUGCACAUUCAGAAGCAAACUCUCUCCACUUAAACACACAAGGGCAGGACUUACAACACAGAACAUUUAUAAUGAAUGACUUUGAUCAUUUAAUGCUGGGAACAGCUUGCACAUCACUUGAACAGAUCAUGGUUAUACAAGUCCCUUAUACAGAAACUGUCUCUGUUUUAUACGGAUGGUGGAGCGCAUUGUGGAGUCUCAGUUUGAUUGAUUUCAAUUUACUGUAAAUAAUUGAAGAGUCAAGAAAGCACAAAUUGAUAUUGCCCCCUUACUUUCAUCAGAAUCAUUGUUGCUUGAUGAAUGUUUACUGUAAAUUUUUAAAAUAAGUACUUAUCUAAUGUUUGCCUAUACAAAUGCUGUGACAAUUAAUCAGAUUUAGUUUUUGUACUGUACAUAAUGACGGGGUGAACCGUCUUUGCUAACAGAAAAUACAGCAGAUUAUAUAUAAAUGGAGGACCAACUUCAACAUUGUCACACCCAUGUUUACAUGUACUGUUUAAUGUGGAAAUUAAAUGAUAAUCUGUAAAUCAAA